AUGUAUAACGUGCACAAAAUGCUAACCUUAGAUUCGAACCCAUUAAUUCGACUGGAAAAACGACUGAAUGCACUUAAGCAUACCCAUAAUGCUGGACUCGCACGCAGCACUUUUUUGACUGAAAAUAACUUUAACGUUAACCGACAGUUGAUGGAGAGCUUGAUUCUACGGCUGCGAUCUGUUGAUCCGAAAUCAAAGAAAAGCAAACGUGUCGCUAGUCGUGUAAAAGUGGGUUCGCCUAAGAGGAUGCGCCCUAUGCCUAUGAAACCACAGGAACUUUUUAAUCCACACUACACUAGUUACACUGGUUUUCAGUCAAAGUUGCAUACGGUCAAGAGAAUGCAUCCAUCUGAGUAUUGCGAUACUUCAGACUCUACGUUUUUGAAAGAUUUGAAAGAAUUGCCAUCUCUUAAUCCAUCAGAGGUGGAAACGGUUUUGCUUAAAAAAGACAUGAGCACACGCAGUUCUUGUCAGAAAGGCGAACCGAUAUUUCCUCCACCUCCAGAUCCAUCAUGUGCUAUAACUCCAAGGGCUGUUGUAACAUCUGCGGGCAAGUCAAGUGCCUCAAAUAUGCAGCGUAUUCGAAAAGGAUCGCAGACCUUUAAUUUGACAGGGCCUUCCCCAGAUAAAUUUACAAUACCAACAACUUCAUGCGUUCCUAACUUUGGACAGAGCAUGCGUCCCAGUGGACUGUCAUCAACUCUACCCGUCUCUUCAUGUCCUUACGUGGAUUUGCGUGCUAAAUAUGAUCCCGAUUGUUACCUCAGUGCGCCUCCAAAUUACGAACAAUUCGGACUCUCUGGGUUCUCAAAUGACUACUCUGGUUUCACUCCAUACAAUAGGUCUCCCAAUUACGCUCCUUGGAUGUCAUUAGGGAAGUAUGAUCACAAUAUAUCAAAUCGUGUUGCUCAAGGCUCAGCAUCCAUUUCACCUGACGGUGCACCCGGGUAUAGGAACUAUUCGGCCACUGCGGGACCCGAAAACUCCUCUGGAUUCGCGACUAAUUUGCCUUUUAACUCAUCGUUCCAAAGCGAGGAUUUUAUGCAGGGUAUACCCUCUUAUCCCCCAUCAAUCGACCCGCAACAGUCGGCAUAUGGAAUAAAUUUGUCUUCCUAUACUUAUCCUCCACCAAGCACUACAUCUUACAUGUGA